AUGUGCUCCAGGUAUGGUGCACAUUUGGCACGAAUCGAAACACCACGUGAGAACAAAUUCAUCGCCUCAAUGUUAUCACGUCCCGGGAGGAGUACGCAACAUGAGGCUUGGAUCGGUCAGCUUUUUCCCUCUUGUUUCAUUCAUCCUAGACUCGCCGCACAGCAGCAAUCAGGCGAUGUCGCUUUUCUCUGGAGCGAUGGAGUACCUGCAAGCAGAUAUGUGGGAUUCUGGAAAGAAUCCCAGCCAAACUAUAAGGCUGGCAGUUGUGCGAUGGGUAUUGCUUUUGCCACCACCAUCGUACUUCUGCGUCACGGAUCUGACGCGAGCGUAAGGGGGUCAUUCUUCUGCGCAAUUGGUGGAUGUAUACCAGAAUCACGACGAUGUAACGGAGUUGAUGAUUGUGGAGAUCUUAGUGAUGAGCUGAACUGUCCAGGUUAG